AUGCAGCAGAUGCAGCAGAUGCAACAGAUGCAGCAGAUGCAGCAGCAGAUGCAGCAGCGGCAGCAGCAGGCGCAGCAGGGCCAGCAGCAGUGGGGAGGCCAGCAGCAGAAGGGCCAGCAGCAGAAGGGCGGCCCGCAGCAGGGCUGGGGUGCCGCCCAGAAGGGCGGGCCCAAGGGAGACCCCAAGGGCGGGGCCAAGGGCGGCUACGGCAAGGGUGGCAAGGAUCAGCAGUCCCAGCAGAUGGCGAUGCAGGCGCAGAUGCAGAAGAUCGAGGAGAUGAAGAGGCAGCAGGAUUCCAGAAGAGCUCAAGAGGAAGCAGGAGGAGGAGAAGCAGAAGAAGGAGGCAGAGAUGGCGAGGAAGCGCCAGGAGCAGGCCUCCACGCUGACAAUUCGCAGGGUAAUCACGAAGCUUCGCUCUGCGACGCCUGA